AUGGAAGUUAAAGAAUGCAAUGAUUUAACUGAAGAAAAUCAAUUCGUAGUAGACGAUGUGAGUAAAAUUAUAAAAGAAGCUAUUGAAAAUUCAAUCGGAGGGACUGCAUAUCAACACACCAAAGUGAAUCAGUGGACUUCGGCAGUUGUGGAAUCUUGCUUGAGUCAACUUACCAAGUUACAAAAACCUUAUAAAUAUAUAGUGACAUGUACAAUUAUGCAGAAAAAUGGUGCAGGACUUCACACAGCCUCUUCCUGCUUCUGGGACAAUAAUACUGAUGGUUCUUGCACUGUGCGCUGGGAAAAUAAGACUAUGUACUGUAUUGUCUCUGUAUUUGGUCUUGGCAUAUAA